AUGUACUUUGAUCGGAUCCCCCCACAUUCCGAUCUUUGCAUAACGAAAGCCAUGUUUGAAAGCGACGAGUUCUGCGGUGCGUCUUUCCAGAGUGAGCAGAUGUCCGAGACGCAGUCCCUCGGCUCUGUCCCAUCCAGUCAUCUCUCGGUCAACUCCGACUCCGGCUGCUCUAGUCCUGAGCCGAAACCAUUGGCAGAGCCACGGGUCAGAAGGCCGCUGAACGCCUUUAUUAUCUGGACCAAGGAGGAACGCAGACGCCUUGCCAAACUCAACCCUGAACUGGAGAACAAGGAACUCAGCAAAAUGCUCGGUAAAACUUGGAAGGACAUGUCUCUGGCGGAGAAGCGGCCCUACAUGCAGGAAGCAGAGUGCCUGAGAGUACAGCACACCAUCGACCACCCCAAGUACAAGUACCGGCCCCGCAGGAAGAAGCAGCUGAAGAAGGGCCCCAAAACCCUACCUGUGGAGGCCCUGGUCCCUCUCAACUACCUAAUCCAGAACCAUUGCCAUCAGCAUCAAGCCUACCUAAACACAGCCAUCUACCCAAACUCCCAGGCAUACUUCUCCCAUAUGCCCGGGACCUUCCCAAACAGGUCCAAUUACCCAGACCCAUCAGCCACAUUCCCUAACAAGCUUCUAGAAUACUCUAACACAGGGACAUACCCAGCAGAGCCUCACCCAUACUACUCUACCCAGCAUGGGCUGCAGCAGUGUGAGGUCCCCAGCCCAGCCUAUGCUGUGUCUCAUUGGGAGCAGGGGAACUUCAUGGCCCAGGGCCUCCAGUUGUUCUCCUCCACUGACCUCUCUCUGGAGCUCUAUCUGGAGCAGAUUCACCUAGAUAUGCUGUAUGAUCUGGACCGCAGUGAGUUUGAACAGUACCUGAGCCCGCCCCCAUGCAGGCCUGAGCCAAUGGAGUCCAGUUAUCACCAGCAAGGCAGGCCUGAACUAUGUCAUUUGCCAUAUAUGGCAAAGAUUUGAGCUGUUUUUGUGUGUACAGUAUAGAUGGGUUGGCUGACAACGUCAUGAAAAUUAUGCACUCUCAUCGAUGAGGCAGAAGGCUGUGUUGUGUUAUGAUUCUGAAUGAUCAGAUAGAUAGGAACCAUGACAAGAAGCUGCCAUGUGGGGAAUCGUAGGUGGCUUGUUUCAGCUCGUUGUAUCUUGUUAUUGAUACCAUUUCUUGUUUUGAGGGGGUUUGGACUCAUGUCAUGUCUAUGCUAAUAUGGCUAAAAUUCUCUAAUCAGCUAACCAUGUAUUUGAGAGAUAACAAGUGUUUAUUGUGCAAAGGUUUUAUGUUUUCAAUAAACAUAAAACAAAAUAUAGUUUACAUGUUGUCAGCAAUCUAAGCCAAACCUGUCUGUUUUCCCCCACAGUUGUGCACGCUUCGGUUAAGUUGCUGAACAACCAACCUGUCUAUGUCAACUCCAAAAUGUAUUAAUUUAAAUGAUUGUUUUUU